CGCGGCGGGCAGCCCCGGCGCGCGCGCACACAGGCCGGGGUCCUGUGGCGCUAUAAGAGCGCGCGGCGGUGGCUACGCCUCCUCUCUGUGCAGCGGCGCGCGGCGGUGCCGGUAGGAACCCAGGCGGGGACCGCACCCACCGAGAGCGCCAUGGCCGAGGAAGGCAUUACUGCUGGAGGUGUAAUGGAUGUUAACACCGCUCUGCAAGAAGUGCUGAAGACCGCACUUAUCCACGAUGGCCUUGCUCGCGGUAUCCGUGAAGCAGCCAAAGCCUUGGACAAACGCCAAGCCCAUCUCUGUGUUCUGGCUUCAAAUUGUGAUGAACCCACAUAUGUAAAAUUAGUUGAAGCACUCUGUGCAGAACACCAGAUCAACUUAAUAAAGGUUGAUGACAACAAGAAGCUGGGCGAAUGGGUGGGUCUCUGCAAGAUCGACAGAGAAGGAAAACCUCGCAAAGUGGUGGGCUGCAGUUGUGUGGUUGUCAAAAUUAUUUUGUGUUACAGGACUAUGGCAAGGAAUCUCAGGCCAAAGAUGUCAUUGAAGAGUACUUCAAGUGCAAGAAAUGAAUGACAAAUAAAUUUUGAACCAGUCUA